AUGCCUUCUACAGCGCACCAAGCUGCGUUGGAUCUUUACAAAUCUACGGUAGAGUUAGAAGUUGAUUUGCGUCAGCUGUUAAAAGAUAAACAACCUUUUGAUAAAGAAGUUGCUACGGUUCGUUCAAAGUUGCGAGAUAGCUACGAAAAAAUUAUAUUUUUGGAUUUUGAUUUUGCCCAAGUGAAAGACAUUGAACAAAGUUUAUGGAAAUAUGUUUUUUACAGAGUCAUUGAGGAAUAUAGAAAGAGAAUUCGAUUGGCUCCAACAGGUGGAGGUUCGUCCAAAGGACCAACUGCCCGAAAAUUGAUUGGUUCCUUUCGUUCAUUUUUGCAUGAAGCCACCGGAUUUUAUUAUUCUUUUAUUCAGAGGCUUGCCAUGCAUUUCCAACUGGAGCAAUUGGAACCGAUCAUUAAGAGAUUCGGAUUGAUAACAGAAGCUCUCGAUGAUUCUGGGACAUUAUUUUCAGAAGAUGUAAAACAUAAGGCUGUGUUAAGUUGUCAUAAAAGUCUCAUAUUUCUUGGCGAUUUAGCUCGUUAUCGUGAAAUGCAGAAUGAGCGUCAAAGGAAAAAUUGGAAUAUAGCAAGUGAUUAUUAUUAUCAAGCGCUUCAGUUGGUUCCCGAUAAUGGUAACCCACACAAUCAACUUGCAGUAAUCGCUACCUACAAUUCAGACGACCUUUCUGCAAUAUAUCGCUAUUAUAGAAGUCUUGUUGUCCGACAUCCUUUCCUUACCGCUAAAGACAACCUCAGUUUCAUGUUCUCAAAGGCAAAAAAGGCUUCUGUGGAAAGCUCGGAAAGUCCAUCACAGAAUCCUCAAAACGAUAAAGCAGAAAACUUUAAUCGACGUCGCCUCUCGCAUCAACGACCAGCCCCUUCAUCCGUACAAAUUAAUUAUCACCGACAAAAAACAUUCGAAUUGAUGAACGUUGAAUUCAUAAGACUACAUAGCAUUUUAUACUUGAAGUCGAACGUUGAAGUAUUUUCCAAAUUAAAAACUUCCUUUUUAGAUAAAUUGAAAGAAAAUACGCUUCUUGUUGCAUUAGAAUCGGAUCAAAUUUUGAAAUUAUUAAUUAUUAAUAUUGCUGCGUUAUUCGUUUUGAGACACAUCAAUAAUGAAAAUGGACAGAGCAACGGGGUCGCAUACUCUCAAUCAUCGAAAAAAGCUUUGAUCGAAAAAUUUGCCACUUUGCUAAUAUUGGAUACAUUCAAUGCUCUUUUGGAAGUAUGUAAUACGGAGUUUGCUGAAUUGAUAGAAGAUGCCAAAGAACUAAAGAGCGCCGUCCAAGCUCUUCCAGCUGCUGUCAAAAGGCUCUUAGCACCUUUGCGCAUAGCCAUCAAGUGGAUUAAAGUUAGCCUUGAAUACUUGGCCUUCAUGUCGGAUAUUAUAGCAAAGGACAAAAAUAUUAUGCACGAACAUGCACAUUUCUCGAGAUUUUGGGAGACUCUUGCUCAAUUUCUGAAUUCUUUGGAGAGACUUUUCCCCCACGAUCAAGGCAUUCCUAUUGACGUUCCGUUGCAUGAAGAUUUUGAGAUGAAUGGAUUUAUGGCGUUGAAAAGUGCUAACGUUCUGAAGGCGCAAGAGUUAUUUUAUCAGGAUGAGCCGUUUGAAGAGUAUGAUAUGCGAAUUUAUGAUAUUGUUGAAGAUGCUAAAUAUAUUGCCGAUUCAAAGGAAUCCUUACUUUAUUUUGUUGAUGGGUUGUUCACUGCCAGAAAACCCGUUUCGCCUGUUAUUCCACCCUUAAAUGCGCAGGUUGAAAUAGAAGAUGAGACAUCUAACGAGGAUGUCAUGGAAACACAAGAUUCUUUAACAAACAACAAUAGUAAUGAUUUGUUUGAAUCACAAUCAUUUGCUUCGAGCAGUCCUAAAGCUCUUAGUGGAGAUGCAAACGAUGAUGAAGAUGAAGAAGUGAUAUUAUUCAUUGGCCGACAUAAAAACGGAAAAGAACAUCAUAAUCCCAGUGUUGCCCGCGAGGAGAAAAGAUCAUCUCCGAAUUUAUCAGCCUCCCCUUCGAAAUCUGUUGCGACAGAAAUUCUUGAGGACAAAAAACCAUCAACAACUUCCCCAUCUAAUACUAUCACCAUAGAAGCUUUGUUUAACGGUAGUCAGAAUCUCUCCACCGAAUCUAGGGGCCAGGCAGCUGAACAACAAAGUUAUUGGCAUUAUUUCAACACGCCUCAAUUGUUUGCAAAUAAUCUUAACGAGCUUCAAAACAUUAAUAACAAAAUGAUAUCUCCCUCCAACACGCUCAACAAAACAAAUACGCAUGAAAUUGCUGCAAUCCCUGAAAGUCCUAAAAAUAAUACAAAUGGCACUUAUCAAUUUGCACCUUUUCCACCCAAUUCUCCUCCGAUUGCAGGAGUCCCCGAUGCAUCGCAAGAUCCUUUAGUCCUCCCAACUAAUCGUCAGAAACCCAAUUCGGCUCCUACCCCACCAAAACGUCUUAGCAUUUCUUCAAAUAGUGCUUCGUUAUUUGCCUUUCCUGGUCUAGAUAACGAUGUUGGUAGAUAUAAUCUCUUUGGGAUUAGAAGUUCAAUUCCUGACAACAAUGCAACUCUAAACAAUACUGAAUCUGGGAUGACGACGAGAACCUUGUUACCUCCACCGGGAUUUUCUUCACCAAUAGGACAUGGUUUUCCUUCAAACAAUAUAACUUCAUCGCAAGCUUCCAAUGCAUUUGGAUUUUCAUCUUUCGAUGUUCCAUCACAAUUGCAGCGACAACCAACUGAGGUUGUGUCUAAUGGAUUUCCUGGAUCAUCAUCGCGAACAGAUGUCAAUUACACUCUAUCUGGGACAGAAUCCAAUGAGCUUCGAGCAAACUCAUAUUCUUGGUUCUCAAAUUCUGCAAUAACUGCAUCAGCUCAAUUUCCGGACGUUUCUUUUACAGAAAAGAGACAAUCGAAUCCAACUAGCAGUUCAUUGCCUUAUUUAUCUAAUGGCUGGACACCUACUUCUUCUAUCGGCUAG